AUGAAUUUAGCACAGAUAAGUAAUAGCGUAAUACUUAUUCUGACAAUAGCUGUUCUUAAUAGUGAAGAACAAAACAAUUUCAACAUUACGAAUUACGUACGUUUUCCUCAUUACGUGAUACCAGUGCACUACUGCAUACAGCUCGACUACCUAAUUUAUGAACACAUUGAUGAUAAACUUGGUAAUAUUUGGAAAGAGAUAGUUGGUUUAAAAAAUGAAUAUGACUCAUUUCUCUUUCGCGGUAAAACUAGUACAACUAUUAAUAUCCUACAGUCGACUCACCAUAUAAGUAUGAAUCAAAUAAAUCUGACAAUAAUUAUUGCGAAUAUAACUUUGACUACAAAGAACGCCAUAAUUUACGUAAUGGAUAAAUACAAAUACACCAAAAAAACGAACGUAUUAGGAUUUCUUUUUGACUAUAUGUUACUUCCCGGACUCUACACAUUCAAAAUACAAUUUUUUGGUCAUCUAAUAGAAGACAGUUUCUUUAAAAAUGUUUCCAAAGAAAAUACCGUAACUUUGUUGAUAGCUCCAUACAUUCAAGAGCGGAAUGGAAUGAGACAGUUAUUUCCUUGUUGGGACCAACCGCAAUUAAAGGCCACAUUUAACAUUUCGAUAAAACAUCCUCGCUAUUAUUCAGCUUUAUCAAAUAUGCCGACAAAGUUCAUGACCUAUGAUAAUUAUACAGAUUCAUUACGCACAUACUUCUAUAUUACGCCUCAAAUGAGCACUUUCCAAAUUGGUAUAGUCAUGACUGAGUAUCAAUCCAUUAGAGUUAAUAAAAACAUUACUUUGUGGUGCGAUUGUGAUUCAGAAGAACGUCGUCCGAAAUUUGAGUUUGCACGGAGAAUCAUGAACAAUAUUACAUUGCAGUUAAAAUCUGAAUUUGGUGGGAUAAUUAUUCCAAAAAUGGAUCACAUUGCGAUUCCAAAUUUUCCACAAGACGGCAUAUCGAAAUGGGGGCUCAUAUUUCAUUCGGAAGCCAAUCUUAUUUAUGAUGAACCAUUGGAUCCAGUUAUACGUAAAAUGGAAGUCGCACGUUUAAUAGCAUCUAAAAUAGCAUAUCAAUGGUUUAGUAACCCCAGUUCAGCUUGGUGGCAUCGUUUUUGGUUACACGACGCUCUUGCUACUAUGUUUGGAGAAGAAGCUGUUGCUAAGAGCUUCAAUAAUUCUGAAAUUAUCGAUCUCUUCAUAAUUCAGAAUCAGUACGAAUCUCUUCAUUUGGAUUCUAACUUUAAUAUGAAUCCUGUGGAAAUCACUAACUCAUCAGAUUUUAAUUCAAUUUUCGGUUUUCCUCGUUAUAUGAAAGUAAUAAUUGUUUUACGGAUGUUCCAAAAUGCUAUUACCGAUGAAGUGUUUCGAAAUAAUGUCCAUGUAUAUUUAAGCAAAGAGAUGUUCAGUUCAAUAAUAUCUUAUAAAUUUUGGUCCACGAAAGUAGAAUUAGAUGAAGCAUAUAACUGUAAUUUACCAUCAAAUGAGUUCUUAACUUGGAUCCAGUACAAACAUUAUCCUGUUGUAAUCUGGGAACAAUACGAACAUUCCCGAGUUAUAAAAAGAAUAUCGAAAAGUUAUAAUACAACGAGUUACGGAAAGUGGCUGAUACCCAUAACUUUAAGGGAAAUAUCAUCAUUAAAUGAAAAUAUGUGGAAAAUAUGUUUAAAACCAAAUAUUGGUUCUUCCGAGUUUCCCACAGCUAUUUUAAAUAAAUCUUGGAUGGUAAACAUUGAGCAAGCUGGUAAAUAUUUGGAAAAACCUCUGAAAACACUAGGAUAUGAAGAACAUUUGGUGGAAAAUGACUUUGUUAAAUGUUUAAGACAAGAAAUUGUGAAAUGGGCAUGUAUUUUCCAAUUCGAUGAGUGCAAACAAUCAGCUUUUCGUAAAUUAAUGCAACAUCUCGGAAAUCCUGAAAUAAAUCCCCUCUUACCAUGGUGGAAGCACUGGACAUAUUGCAAUGGUGUUGCAGUAACAACUUAUUCAUUUACGUGGACACACAUAAGAGAUACAUGGUUCAAAGCACGUAAUCAUACGUUGCUACCCUUCUUAACUUGUUUUAGGAAUGCUACUCCAAAUACUACUUCUUCAUUAUUAUCGAAACGUUUCCAUGAGGAAGGGCAACAGGACAUUACGAAUAUUCGUUCGUACAUAAACAUUUUUCAUUCAGUUAUUACAAAAUAUUCUAACAGACAUGACAUACUCGAGAUGAUAUUUAGAAAGCUCGAGUUUAUGAAACCUGCACAAAUGAGCUUGUUAACAGCGCUGGUCGAUAUCAUUAACCAUGUAUAUUCUUCCAAAUAUCUUAUUAAGAUUCAAGAUGAUUAUAUAAAUUCACUUUCCUUUAGAGGUUACAUAAAUAAAUCACAACUUUUGCUAAUUCAAAGUAAGAUAUCCAUCCGAUUGUCAGAAAUUGCCGCUCAAACACUAUAUUUUCGAUUUAUAAGCGAUCUUUAA